AUGGCCCCACAAUUGGCAGCCGCUGCAGCCACUGUUGCACCCGCGCCGGCCGACGGCUCCGACGGCGGCGGCCUCUCCCAGGGCCAGAUCGGCGGCAUCCUGGUCGGCGUCGUUGCCUUUGUCGUCCUGCUGUUCCUCUUCUGGUACUGGCUCACCCACUCCGAGGGCUACGCGGCCUACCGCGACGAGCGCCGCUUCCGCCAGCGCCUGGAGCGGCUGCGCCAGCGCGACCAGUGGGAGCGCCGGCGUCGUCGGCCGCGGUCCUACUACGAGACCGAGGUCAGCUACGAGAGCGACUCGGAGACGACAGAGGUGUCGCGGCGGCAGCGGCCCGCGGCGUCCAUGGCCGCCGCCGCCCGGAUGCAGCACAUGAUGGCCGCAGCGGCCGCGGCGGAGCAACAGCAGCUCGAGGCAGAGCGGCGGCGACGGGCGGCCGGCGUGGCCACGACACCCGACUACGUCCUCAACCCGCCGCCGCUCCGGUUCCCCCCGACGGCGCGGCGGACGAGCUAUGUGCACACGCGCCAUCCGCAGAUUCCCGGCAUCCGGCGGUUUCCUUGA